UAUCCACAACUUUUUCUUUAUUUGUAAUUAUUUGUAAUUUUAAUUUAACUGAAUGUGUAAAAAUGGUAAAAAAUUAUCGUGUCGUUGUAUUUGGCGUGAAAGGCGUUGGUAAGACAGCAAUAUUGGAACAAGCUAUUUAUGGGCAUUAUAGCAAAAAUUAUAAACUGUGGCCUACUAUUGAGGAUAUAUACCAGGCUUCUAUAGAAACUGACAAAGGGAUACGUGAACAAGUUCGUUUUUAUGAUACUGCUGGUUUGGAUUUGACACAGUUACCUGAGGUUGGACUGUAUUCAAAUCCAGAUCCUUCGCUUAUGCUAUCUUUUGGUCAAAUAGCUAAGCAGUAUGCGUCCAUUGCAGAUGCCUUUAUUCUAGUAUAUGAUACAAGUCGACCAGAAACAUUUGAUUGCUUGGUUACAUUAAAAAAAGAAAUUGAUAAGAAUAAGGAAAAAAAAGAUGCGUUUUAUGUCAUUGUUGGCCAUAGAAUGCGAGAAAUGGAUAUCAAAGCUCCAACUUUAGAGUGUCCAACAAGUCGAGCUUCCCAUUGGUCUAUUAGAGAAAAAAUGAAACAUUUUGAAGUUAAUGCUUUAGACCGUACUAGCUUAUUCGAACCAUUUAUUUAUAUUGCAUCAAAAUUUAAUACUGCACAACCAAAGAGUAGUUUUCCUCAGUUAGUACGAAAGGGUACUCAACAUUAAUGCCUAUUAAUUUCUAUAGUAUUUAUAUGGGUAGUAUUUUAUCCUAUAGUUUAUUGCAAAAUCAAUAACUAUACAAGUUAACAAAAUAAUGUARUUGCUUGAAUAUUAUAGCUGCCAAUUUAAAAGUAAGAAUAUUAUUUCAGUCCCUCCACACAUAUUUUAAUUUUGAAGCAAGUUAUGAGAAUUUUAAAAUUGUAACUUUUGUUUUUGUUUCUAGUGAGGUGACACAACUGAGUGCCUUCCUAAUUAAAUCAUUCUCAUUGCUAUUAAUUUGUAAUAAACAUUACAUAUUGAACUCAUGUAUAAAUUGUAACUAAUUUAUUUUUAGUAAAAGUAUAUUUUUUUAAAUUUUAAAAUAUUCUAACCUUGCUUUAAAAUUUCUUACUUUAAAAUUUGCAAUACAYAAUAAAUUCACUUUAAUAUAAAAAAUAACAAGAAGACAAUUAAUUAUUUGAUCCAUACUUAAAAUUUWAAAUGUUAUGUAUUAGUAAUAAGUGAUAAUUAAUAAGGAUAAAACAUAAUAAUAUGCAGUAACCCUCGAAAUGUUGUAUUAACAUUAAGUGAGAUCCAAAAUCUUUUUACUCAUAAAUCAAUUAUUAUGAUUCACAAAAUCGUUACAAAUUUU